AUGUGGUUGGAAUUUGUGAAACAAUUUAGAUCCAUUCAAGAACAUCAAGAUAAUAGUUUAUUGGAUUCAUUAGGUAGAUCGGGUAUUGUUGCUCCCCAAGAUAUCAAAGAAUAUCAAGAAAUUGAAAAACAUACUUCAUCUGACGACCUACCAAAGUCUCAUUUAGGCAAAGCUGUUGAUGAUGAAGGAGGAAAUUUUCUCACUAGGUUGAAGACAAAUAAUUGUUAUGAUAGAAUACAUGUUAGGGAUAAAGGAGACAUAGCUGAGUUUGAUACUCCGCGGGAAGUUUUUGGUAGAGAAGGAAGUGGAUUUAGAGAGAUGUGCGAUAAAUCAAACAUCAUAGGUGAUGAUUUUAAGAAUACCACUUGA